AUGCUCAUGUUGAGCUCGUGUUCUUCUUCUUCUGUGGUGUUCCCGUCACAGUCUGCUAACAUGGCGGCGUCCCAACAGCCGACGGACUCAACCGCGAGCAUUCCUGACUAUGAAUAUCCUGACGUCAACACGAAGCCCUUUCACAUCGGCUCCUUCAGAGAACAGUGGUUGAGAAGACUGAGUCCAAACGACUAUUCCUUCGAAGAGGAGGACAAAGACACCUUUGAUGCUAACUUCGCCGCAGAGAUGGGCGUCGAUGCGGAGACCAUGGCUCAGCUGAAAUCCGUCUGCAGUGUGGAGUCCCUCCGUUGCUAUCCUGAAGAUCAGAAGCUGGACCCGGACGUUGUGCCUCCAGACUCCACUCUGAAAACGCUAAUACAGAGAAAAAAGAAGCAAGAUCACAAAGCUUCUCUAAAAAUGCCAAAGAACAGACACGACCUGUAUGCCGAUGAACUGGAGCGUUUAACAGUCGGCCGGACACCAGAAGAAAGCGAUGACAUGAUCCCAGAAGGCGAAGUCAUCCUCUCCAUCAACAUCUACUACCCAUCUAUCUUUGAGAAAUUUUACUACAUCAGACCCCACGUGACCCUGCUGAUGACCGGCAGCCACAAACUGACCGAGCUCCGGGACGCUAUUUGCUGCGUCAGCGACUUGCAAGUGUGCGGCGAGUUCAGCCGGACUCCGGACAUGGCCCCGGACUUCAUCAGCAAAGAUCAUUUUAAGUCGGCCUUCUUUUUCUUCGAAGGAGUUUUCUACAACGACAUGCGGUUUCCUGAGUGCCAGGAUAUCAGCACGACGACUAUAGAAUGGGCCAAGUCCCGCAACUUCCCGACAUACAGCCAGGCCAAGAUGGAGGACGUGUGUUUCAAGGACCUGACAGUGAAAGUUGGAUUCCCAUACCUCUACUGUCACCAGGGAGACUGUGAACACCUCAUCAUCAUCACAGAUGUCAGACUGGCCCAUAAGAGCGACUGCUUGGAUAAGAAGCUGUACCCACUCCUCACACACAAACACAGGAUUGUUACCCAGAAGUGUGCCGUCUGUCACGUCUUCAUUGCCAGAUGGUAUACCACCAACGACCAGUUCGCCCCCUGUGACCCGUGUCUUUUCUGUGACAAAUGCUUCCGGAUGCUGCACUACGAUGCAGAUGGCAACAAACUGGGAGAGUUUUUGGCUUAUCCGUACGUCGACCGGGGAGCAUUCAACUGACAUUCUCCAUGAAAGGCUUAAAACUGUAUAAUACAGUUAGUUACUUUUAUAUUUCAGAAAGAAAUGAUUUGAUUCUCUUGUAAUGUUUUGCGUUUCUGUUUCAGAGAAACACUUUUCUUGAAUAAAAAAAAAACUUGUUUAUACUUAAGUAGAAGAAAAUCCACUUGACUUGGGGGGGCUUUGCUGUGGUCUGAUCCAGUGGACAUUUUCAUUAAAAAUUCUGGUACCUGAUUUGGGCACAUCACCAGUUCCCA